AUGUCGAAGCGGGAGUCAGUGGAAGAAAGCGACAGGCCGCCGAAGAGAGCACGUGCGGAAUAUCAGCCACGUCCCGUAGAAGAAAUCCACUUUGCCGGGCAGCUACAAGACUUUUUAAUUUUCCGCCAAGAUGGAAUCAAUCAGCUACGACAUGGCAUCGCUUCUUUCAAAGCAUUCCUCGAGAGCAUUCUCUAUCACCGRGAAGAAGACAAUCGUGCCCGACAGAUCUCCAUCCUGCGGGAGUAUCUAGAAACUCAAAGACCCGCAGAUGCGAAGGAUCUGGAGCGGCCGUUCCUUUCCCAGCUAUGGCAGGCAUGGUCGUUUGCGAAUCAGAACAACAAUGAUCAUCUAUCGUCAUCAGUAUGUGCGAUCCUGGCGCUCUUGUUGAAGACGUUGUCUGGAAUCCUGGAUCUUCGCGAUCAGGGCAAUCUCCUCUGCAAAACGAUCCUUCAACAUCAGCAUCUCCGACUUGUGAAGCGCUGCCUGGAUGCUCCCAAACACAAGGACUUUGUCAUCUCACCAUGCUUCCGACUUUUGAUAGAAGUCACCACUUUCGAUGGAGGUAUCAUGGCGAGGGAGGUGUACGAGAAACGAGAGCAGACCUUUGACAGCAGUUCGUUGAGGAGGAAUCUGGGUAUGGUGAAGCAAGACAUUCCCGAAGAGGAAGCCAAACGGCGACCAUCAAUACGAUCCCUCACCAUCCGAUUCAUCCUCGCAUUGUUCAAGUAUCUGCACGAGGGUGGAAAGAUUGACAUUCUCAAAAACAAGCCUCUCUGCAAUGCAUUAUUCCAGCAUCUUCGAGAUGACCCAGCCGRUCUCAUCAAUGAACUGCUCACCACCAUCGAGCAGAGCGUCUUGAAGGAUGCAGAAUUGCCGCGAUCUGCCAAGCAGGCCGUCUUGAGCAUUCAAAAUCUGGAGAGGGUCACAGAGGUCGCAACACGCAGUGAGGAAGGUCAUGCAGCAUCGGAGAAAGCGUUCAGCUGGCUCAAGUCCGUCUCUACCACCCCACAGUAUGGCUUGCUUCGGGACAGUGGGUGGUAUCCGCCAGGCACCUCAAGCUCGGAUGCUACUCGCUCAUCGAUCUUCGUUGAUCUCGGCCUGGACAGUCUCGAAUUCUACGACUCAGAAGAGCCAAUCAACGUUCGAAAUACAACCUUGCUAUCCUGGGCCAUGAGUCUCCGUGCACAGACGGAUGAGCGUGAGCGCGAGCUUCUCGUAACCUGCUUCACGUCUGCACCGGAACUCGUUGCGGCUUACUUUGCAGACAAAACGAUGCCCAUGGAACCCAGAUUGACAAAUACGUGGAUCGGCUAUGCGUCCCUUCUCUUCGAGAUUGUCCGUCUUCCAGUCCCCGCAAACUUUGGUCAUGAAGAGGGCAAGGCAUCAUUGCCAGCACAAACCUCCAUUAUGAUUGAGAAUAUCCUUCCACGCCCGCUGACUCAAAAAGUGUUGGUACGCUGCCUCAACCAAGGCAACGACUUGAUCACCUUCUUUGCCAUUCGCCUGUUGGUGCUGUCAUUCCAAAAGCUCGCUUCCGUGCUUGAAGAGAUGCGGCCUCAAUCGAAUGAUGACCGACUGUGGAAAGAAGCUGCGAAAAGAUUACAACAAAGAUUCAUCGAACGAUGCCCUCCCAUGAAGGAUGUCAUUGCUGCAUUUCGCAAGAUCCCGGAUGACUACGAGCACUCUCUGCAACGCGAAGCAACGACCCGACUCCUUCGACUGUACUACGAGCACUCUCCUGGUCAGGCACUUGAGGAACAAUUCGACGUCUCCACCACUCUCACAGCAGCGCUUGUCGGUAGUGAGGUCCCGACCGAGCGUAUUCCUGCCGAGUUGCAGGCACUUAAGAAGUUGGAGCUGGAGCACCUCCUGGCUAUUGCUCGACAUAGCACCGGCAUGAAGUGGUUCCACAAGCAGGGUGGCCUGACUUAUACCCCAAUUGUGACGCUUCUGAGGAUUCAUCGCAAAGACCCACUGAACAGACAAGUCCGAUCACUUCUGCAGCAUGUUCUCGUCGGAGAGAAUGUCUUGCAAGAAGGAUCUGCUCCUCUUGAUGUUCUUGUUGCUAGCUUACUUGGACUUUCAGACGACAACAGUGCUUGGGAGUUUGUCGACGAUUGUAUUGGGCGUGCAACUCGCAAGCCGGUGAAGUACUUGGAUGAUCUUGAUGUCAUUGUCAGGAAGCUCCGAUUGGAAGAAGCCGCUACAAAUCGGCCGAGUCUGCUCAUUGCUGUCGUUCUUGAGCAAGCAUCGUUUGUUGCCUCCAAGAUGGAUGGCAGUGGGAAAGCCAAGGCUGAGUGGGUCGAGAAAUAUCUCUCCCUUUCUCAUACCACCAAUCUCGAGGACAGCAACAUACUGGCGGACGUGUUGAAGAGCGUGCGCAGUCUCUCGGGAUGGAAUGUGACCAAGCCGAAGGAUCUAGAAAAGGAUUUGGAGGCAGUCCGACUGCCUGAUGAAAUCUCAAAACACAGUCAAAGUACCAAAUCUACAACCACCACCGGGGACUCCGCUUUGAACUUCCAGCAACCUCCACCAGAACCCAAAUCCCACCCUUCACUAACUCGCUGGUCACUCAAAGAAAUCGACAUGGCUCUCGAAGACGGUGACGUAUCCUCCUUGAUCCUCUGCCUCUGCUCCGAGCACAGCGACAUCCGCAAACAAGGUUUCGCCCAACUCAACAAGGUCAAGAAACUGCUUCACACUUCCUCCUUUGAAAACAGCGCUCAAGUCACGCUAUUACUAGGAGAAAUGACCGAGACGUUUGAACAGCAAUACUACGCACCCGACAUUCCUUUCCCUUAUAUCGCCGGAGCAUUUGGCGUGCGGGCGUUGCAAGUCCUUAUGGAGCCAGCACAUCACAUCUACCCCAAACUCAACAGAUAUCUCAUCCGAGGCCCAGAAUGGCGCGUCAACAAAAUGCCCAACUACUGGCUUUCCAACACCCUGCUCUCUCUCCCCGAAGACGACGAUGGGUAUUGGAAGGAAGUGCAAUGGGUUCUCGACUGGCUCGUUGACGGACUGCGAACGCCUCAGGAUUUGGAAGUUCUCCGACGCGGGAAUGUCUUUGAAAAGGUUAUGGGGUCGUGGAGUUCACCCGCUGCGAGGAGAAACAAACUCAUUCAGGAGAGGGUGCUUGAGAUGCUCUUCCGUGCGACUUGUAUUGUGGGAGGGAGUGAGGUUUUGAUUACGAGGAGUGGAGUGAUGAGUUGGUUGGAGACUGUUGAGAAGGUGGAAGGGGAUGUUGCAAGGAAGUUGAGGGAGAGGGUGCGGGAGACGUGUGAGCCUGGGAGGUUUGAGAGUUGGGCUAAAGGGGAGGGGAAGGGGAAGGAGGAUGCGGCGGUGUGA